AAGAGAGAAGAGAAAGGAGUGCAGGGAGGGGUACCGAAGGGCAGAUAGGUGAGCACAGAACAGGAGACAGCUAGAUGGGAUAGAUGGAGGGAUGAGGCCGUAGGGGCGGCCAGGCCCCUGUCACAGUGACCCUUGCCUCCCCUCCAAACUAGACACCAUCUCCCACCGAGAGUUAUGGCCUCAUUAGCCCGGUACCUCCUCGUCCUGGUCUCCAUCUUCCUCAGCCUGGUGGCCUCCCUGGAUUGGAAGACUUCCCACAGCCAGGAUCCCUUUGAAAAAUGUAUGCAUGAUCCUGACUACGAGGUGCUGCUCAAGGUUGUGACCUUGGGGCUCAAUCGGACCUCGAAGCCUCAGAGGGUGAUUGUGGUUGGUGCUGGUGCAGCUGGGCUGGUAGCUGCCAAGGUGCUCAGUGAUGCGGGACACAAGGUCACCAUCCUGGAGGCAGACAACAGGAUCGGGGGCCGCAUCUUCACCUACCGGGACCGGAAGACGGGCUGGAUUGGGGAGCUGGGAGCCAUGCGCAUGCCCAGCUCACAUAGGAUCCUCCACGAGCUCUGCAAGAGCCUGGGGCUCAACCUGACCAAAUUCACUCAGUACGAUGAGAACACGUGGAUAGAAGUGAACAACCUGAAGCUGCGGAACUACGUGGUGGAGAAGAUGCCUGAGAAGCUGGGCUACAAACUGCGCCCCAGGGAGAAGGGCCACUCGCCUGAAGAAAUCUACCAGAUGGCUCUCAACCAGGCCCUCAAAGAUCUCAAGACACUGGGCUGCAGAAAGGCAAUGAAGAAGUUUGAAAGGCACACGCUCCUGGAAUACCUCCUCGGGGAGGGGAACCUGAGCCAGCCCGCCGUGAGGCUCCUGGGAGACGUGAUGUCCAAGGACGGCUUCUUCUAUCUCAGCUUCGCCGAGGCCCUAAGGGCCCACAGCUGCCUCAGCGACCGGCUCCGGUACAGCCGCAUCGUGGGCGGCUGGGACCUGCUGCCGCGCGCGCUGCUGAGCUCGCUGUCCGGGCCGGUGCUGCUGCACGCGCCCGUCGUGGCGAUAACGCAGGGGACGCACGAUGUGCGCGUGCACAUCGCCAGCUCGCGCAGGGCGCGGAGUCUGAAGGCCAUGACCGCCGACGUGGUGCUGCUGACGGCGAGCGGGCCGGCGCUGCAGCGCAUUACCUUCUCGCCGCCGCUGUCGCGCAGGCGGCAGGAGGCGCUGCGCGCGCUGCACUACGUGCCGGCCACCAAGGUGUUCCUGAGCUUCCGCCGGCCCUUCUGGCACGACGAGCACAUCGAGGGCGGCCACUCGAGCACCGCCCGCCCGUCGCGCGUGAUAUUCUACCCGCCGCCGGGCGAGGGCGCGCUGCUGCUAGCCUCGUACACGUGGUCGGACGCGGCGGCCUCGUUCGCCGGCCUGAGCCCGGAAGACGCGAUGCGCGUGGCGCUCGACGACGUGGCGGCGCUGCACGGGCCCACUGUGUACCGGCUGUGGGACGGCAGCGGCAUCGUCAAGCGCUGGGCCGAGGACCCGCAUAGCCAGGGCGGCUUCGUGGUGCAGCCGCCGCUGCUCUGGCGUGAAGACAAGGAAGAGGGGCCGGACUACGACUGGGCGGUUCCCUACGGCCGCAUCUACUUCGCGGGUGAGCACACGGCCUACCCGCACGGCUGGGUGGAGACCGCUGUCAAGUCGGCGCUGCGUGCGGCGGUGUUGAUCAACAGCCGAGACGGGCACAUGCUGGUCGACAGCGACACCGAGGAUGGGGUUGUGCGCCUGGUGCCCAGCCGUCCCCGCUGCGAGUUCGAAAAGGCUGAUGCCACCCACUCCCCGGCUGCACAAAGGAUAACCGCUCAGCACACCACCCACAAGAGCCCCGAGCAUUAA